GGAAGGGGCGGGUCCGCCGGGAGCCAGGCCGCGCUGUGCCGCGCCGGCCAGGAGGGGGCCGGAGCCCGGCCAUGGCGGCGGCGGCGGGCGCCGAGGGGCGGCGCGCGGCUCUGGAGGCGGUGGCAGCGCCGGAGCGGGGCGGCGGGAGCUGCGUGCUGUGCUGCGGUGACCUGGAGGCUACGGCGCUGGGCCGCUGCGAUCACCCGGUGUGCUACCGGUGCUCUACCAAGAUGCGGGUGCUGUGCGAGCAGCGCUACUGCGCCGUGUGCCGCGAGGAGCUGCGCCAGGUGGUCUUUGGGAAGAAACUCCCUGCUUUUGCCCUGAUCCCCAUCCAUCAGCUCCAACACGAGAAGAAAUAUGACAUCUAUUUUGCAGAUGGAAAGGUGUUUGCAUUGUACAGGCAGCUGCUGCAGCAUGAGUGCCCACGGUGCCCUCACCUGCCACCCUUCAGCCUCUUCGGGGACUUGGAGCAGCACAUGCGCAAGCAGCAUGAGCUCUUCUGCUGCAAGUUGUGCCUCAAGCACCUCAAGAUCUUCACCUAUGAACGCAAGUGGUACUCACGCAAGGACCUGGCUCGACACCGUAUGCAGGGUGACCCUGAUGAUACAUCCCAUCGGGGACAUCCACUCUGUAAGUUCUGUGACGAGCGCUACCUGGACAAUGACGAGCUGCUCAAGCACCUGCGCCGAGACCACUACUUCUGCCACUUCUGUGACUCUGAUGGGGCCCAGGACUACUAUAGUGACUAUGCCUACCUGCGUGAGCACUUCCGGGAGAAGCACUUCCUGUGUGAGGAGGGCCGCUGCAGCACUGAGCAGUUCACCCAUGCCUUCCGCACCGAGAUCGACCUCAAGGCUCAUAAAACAGCUUGCCACAGCCGCAGCCGGGCCGAGGCACGCCAGAACCGGCAGAUUGACCUUCAGUUUAGCUUUGCACCACGGCACUCACGCCGGAGUGAGGGAGUCGUCAGUGGUGAGGACUACGAGGAGGUGGACAGGUACAAUCGCCAGGGCCGAGCUGGCCGGGCCAGCGGGCGUGGAGCCCAGCAGAACCGCCGGGGAAGCUGGAGGUACAAGAGGGAAGAAGAAGACCGAGAAGUGGCAGCUGCUAUCCGGGCCUCUGUGGCUGCUCAACAGCAAGAGGAGACUCAGAGGGUUGAGGACCGGGAGGAGGGUAGCAGGCCCAAGAAAGAGGAAGCCGCAGCCAGGGUGCCUGAGGAACCCCGUGGCCACCGGCGUCUGCCUCGGGCUCAGGGUGAAGGCUCAGGCUCCAAGGAAGCCUCAGCAAAUGGUCCUGUAAGCCAAGAAGCCUUCCCAGCCACAGGCCCAGGCCCAGUGGUUGCCCUCUCAAAUACCCUCCCACCACCCAGCCCUGAGCUCAAGGAGGAAGACUUCCCCAGUCUCUGUGCCUCCACCUCCUCCUGCUGCACAGCGGUUACCCCAGGCUCUGUAGGCUUGGCACUGGCUUAUCCUGGUCCUCCCAGGGGCAAGAACACCUUCCAGGAAGAGGACUUUCCUGCCUUGGUUUCCUCCGCACCCAAGCCCAGCAGUGCCCCUUCCAGUCUCAUCUCAGCUUGGAAUAGCGGCUGCAGCAAGAAAGGGAACCUACCCACCCCGGGGUCCCAGGCUGUGGUUGGUGGCAGCCAGCCUCCCCGGAAGGCAGGAAAGGGGAGCAGGGGUGGCAGAAAGGGUGGCCCAGCCCCAGUGGAUGAGGAGGAUAGCGGUGGCCUCACUGUGCAGGGGCUGCGGAGUGUGCCCACCACGGUAGCUGUGUCUUCUUUGCUGGCACCAGCCACCAACCAGAGUUCAGCCAAGGUUGGCAAGAAGAAGAAGGUGGGCUCUGAGAAGCCUGGGGCCACAUCAUCCCCACUGUUGCCCCCUGAUCAUACCCCAAAGCCCUCUGGGGCUGAGCAGGUCCUGGAAGCCCCUUUGAGCAAAGCUGAAGUGCCAGUAACCAUCGUUGUCAAUGGACAUUCCGAAGGGUCAGCCCUGGUACGGAGUGCCCCAAAGGAACCUCCAGGGCUUCCAAGGCCCCUCGGUCCCCUCCCCUGCCCCAUACCACAGGAGGACUUUCCAGCUCUCGGAGGCCCUUGUCCACCCAGGAUGCCUCCUCCCCCAGGCUUCAGCACCGUGGUACUCUUGAAGGGCACACCACCUCCACCCCCACCCCCACCCGGCCUGGUGCCUCCCAUCAGCAAGCCACCCCCUGGCUUCUCUAGUCUUCUGCCCAGCUCCCACUCAGCCUGUGCUCCUAGUCCCACCACCACAACCACCACCACCACCACCACGAAAACACCCGGGCUAGCACCCACACCACAAGCCUACUUAGUUCCUGAGAAUUUCCGGGAGAGAAACCUGCAGCUUAUCCAGUCUAUCAAGGACUUUCUGCAAAGCGAUGAGGCCUGCUUCAGCAAGUUUAAAAGCCAUUCGGGGGAGUUCAGACAGGGGAUGAUCUCUGCGGCUCAGUACUACAAGAGCUGCAGGGACCUGCUUGGAGAGAGCUUCCAGAAGAUCUUCAGUGAGCUGCUGGCGCUCCUGCCAGACACAGCCAAACAGCAGGAGCUGCUGUCUGCACACACAGACUUCUGCAGUCGUGAGAAGCCUCCCAACUCCAGAUCUAAGAGGAACAAGAAGAAUGUGUGGCAGACCAGCACCCAACAGUUGGGCCUGGACUGCUGUGUGUGCCCCACCUGCCAGCAGGUACUGGCACACGGUGACGUCAGCAGCCACCAGGCACUGCACGCUGCCCGGGACGAUGACUUCCCCUCCCUUCAAGCCAUUGCCAGGAUCAUUACGUAGCUGCUGCUGGUGAGGGCAGGAGCUGUCACACCCUAGCGCCUCCUUUCUCCUUCCUCCCUCUUCCCAGCUGCUUGGCCCUGGUAGGGCCCUGGGAAGGCCGAAGGCCAGGCCUCCUGGUUAGCCAGGCCUGCCAGGUGGACAUCAGGAAAGGUCUACCCUGUGCACCGUCACUCAUAAGUUCUGUCCCAUGCUUGGCUGAGGGUCAGUCUUGGUUUGUGAUCUUGUGAUUUUGGAAUGUGCCAGGGGAGGGAAAGGCUAGGAUGCUGGGACCUGAGCUAGAGGCCUCAGUGGCCUGAAGAGAGUUCUCGUGAGGCAAGUCCAUAGCCCCAGAGCUGACAGCUUCGGGUCCACUGGUGCUGGAGUCAGAUGUCAAGUGUGUUGUGUAAACAAUUGGCUGUUUCAUAGAGAAUGUUCCAGAUUAAAAACAGACACAAAAUUGUGCUACUUGAAGUUCAAUCUUUUUACAAGACAAGUUAAAUCUAAGAUCUCAAAUUGCCUCUGACAUUUUAUAAAAGACAGUUUAUCUUCAAAUAAAUUUAUUUUGCAGUACUGCACAUAGCU